AUGCCUUGUAUUUCUUGGAAUGAAGGAACGCUACCGGGUCCAACACCCGAAACGAGCGACAACCUCAACUCAGUCAGCAUCUGGAACCUGCUCUUCUUGAACCCUCCUUGUCCUGUCAUUCAUUUCUCAUCCAAAACAAAAAACACGUGUGAUGCAACACUUCGCGCUAUCAUACACGAUACCCUACUCUUUGAGGAUCGAAUCUAUUCGUCCUCCCUCCCCUCCUCAUUGCCGUUUGACCUUUGUCGCGGUUCCUUUUUCUUCUACUUUCUUUAUCCCAAUCAUUCGAUUCGUAUUUCUGUUGUUUUUGAGUUCCUUAUGUGA